AUGGUCGAGGGUCAGUGGACGGGCCUGAAGGUCCGCCAGACCUUUUUCGACUUUUUCGAGAAGCACCAGCACAAGAUUGUGCCGUCCUCGUCCGUCGUCCCGCACAAUGACCCCACCCUGCUCUUCACGAACGCGGGCAUGAACCAGUUCAAGCCCAUCUUCCUCGGAACGAUUCGCAAGAGUGAUCCUCUAUACGGGGUGAAGCGCGCUGCUGAUUCGCAAAAGUGCAUUCGUGCUGGUGGCAAACACAACGACCUCGACGAUGUCGGCAAGGACAGCUAUCACCAUACUUUUUUUGAGAUGCUGGGUAACUGGUCCUUUGGCGACUACUUCAAGAAGGAGGCCGUUGAGAUGGCGUGGACCCUCCUGACCAAGGUUUACGGCCUCGACCCCAAGCGACUCUACGUCACCUACUUCGAGGGUGAUGCUAGCAUGAAUCUGGAGGCCGACCUCGAGGCCAAGGAGCUUUGGCGAGCAAUCGGUGUACCGGACGACCACAUCCUGCCUGGAAACAUGAAGGACAACUUCUGGGAGAUGGGUGAUCAGGGCCCUUGCGGUCCCUGCAGCGAGAUUCACUAUGACAAGGUUGGCGGUCGCAAUGCUGCCCACCUUGUCAACCAGGAUGACCCUCUUGUGGUUGAGGUGUGGAACCUCGUUUUCAUGCAAUUCGAUCGUCAGGCAGACAAAUCUCUCAAGUCGCUUCCUGCAAAGCACAUCGACACGGGCAUGGGCUUUGAGAGAUUAGUCAGCGCUCUUCAAGACAAGCAGUCCAACUAUGCUACGGACAUUUUCUCGCCCCUCUUCACGAGGAUACAAGAGGUCACUGGUGCUCGCCCUUACACCGACAAGUACGGCAAGGAUGAUGCCGAUGGCAUCGACACUGCUUACCGUGUCAUUGCCGAUCACAUUCGGCUGCUGAGUUUCUCGAUUGCUGAUGGUGCGGUGCCUAACAACGAAGGCCGAGGUUAUGUCGUCCGCCGCGUUCUGCGACGUGGUGUCCGGUAUGCCCGCAAGUACUUCAAUGCCGAGAUUGGAACCUUCUUUUCCAAGAUCCUCCCGGCUCUCGUCGAGCAGAUGGGCGAGCAGUUCCCCGAGCUCGCCAAGAAGCAGGUGGACAUCAAGGAGAUUCUCGACGAGGAAGAGGAGGCGUUCGAGCGGACUCUCGACCGAGGCGAGAAGCAAUUUGAGAAGUAUGCUGCCGUGGCUGCUAAGAGCAACAACGGCAAGCUGUCCGGAUCAGAUGUGUGGAGGUUAUACGACACGUUUGGCUUCCCCGUGGACCUGACCAAGAUUAUGGCAGAAGAGCGCAAUCUGACUAUCGACGAGGCCGAAGUCGCAGUGGCUCAGGAGAAGGCUCGGGAGGCCAGCAAAUCUGUCAAGGAGUCCGUGCAGACUUUUGCCAAGCUCAAUGUCCACCAGAUCUCCGAGCUCGAGAACGAUUUGAAGGUCCCGCGACCCGACUCCGAGGCCAAAUACAUCAGGGGCGACUCUACUGGCAAGGUUCAGCUGAUCUACACUGGCACCGAGUUUGUCAAGACCAGCAAGGACAUCCCUCUCAAAACGCCUGUUGGUGUUCUUCUGGACAAGACGAACUUCUACGCCGAGUCAGGUGGUCAGGUCGCUGACACGGGCCGUCUCAUCAUUGACGACGUCGCCGAGUUCAAGGUUCUUGACUGCCAAGAGUUUGGAGGUUACAUAGUCCACAACGGCUACUUUGAGUACGGCCAGUUGGCUGCUGGUGACGAGGUCAUCUGUGAGUACGAUGAGCUCAGGAGGCAGCCUAUUCGCAACAACCACACGGGCACCCACGUUCUUAACCAUUCCCUGCGGGAGGUGCUGGGCGACGACGUGAACCAGAAGGGCUCCCUGGUCGACCAGGACAAGCUCAGGUUCGACUUUUCCCACAAGGCGGCUGUGACCAUCCCGGAGCUCAAGAAGAUUGAGGACAUGUCCAACGCUUACAUCAAGCAAAAUUGCAAGGUCUUCUACAAGGAUGUCGAGCUCGAGCUCGCAAGGCAGAUCGAGGGUGUCCGUGCGGUCUUCGGCGAGACCUACCCGGACCCUGUCCGAGUUGUGUCGAUCGGUAUCGAGGUCGACAUGCUGCUGGAGAAGCCCAAGAACCAUGAGUGGCGCAAGGUCUCUGUCGAGUUCUGCGGAGGCACUCACGUGGAACAGACCGGCCAGAUCAAGGACCUCGUCAUCGUGGAGGAGGGUGGUAUCGCCAAGGGAAUUCGUCGUAUUGUCGCUUACACCGGCGAGGCUGCACACCAAGUGCAGCGCGAAGCCAACCUCUUCUCGGAGCGCCUCGAUGCCCUUGACAAGCUGCCCUUUGGUCCGGAGAAGGAAGCCCUGAUCAAGACGACCGCUCACGAGCUCAACCAGCUCACCAUCUCGACGCUGACCAAGGAAGAGCUGCGCAUCCGCUUCGCAAAGAUCCAGAAGGAUGUCGUCGACGAGCUGAAGAAGAGGCAAAAGGCCGAGCUCAAGGUCUCCGUGUCGACUGUCCAAGAGUUCUUCGCUAAGCCCGAGAACAAGGACGCCAACGUCUUUGUCGGCCGUCUGCCCGUCUCGGCCAACGCAAAGGCCAUCUCCGAGGUCAUUAACCAUUACAAGUCCAAGGGCAAGGACAAGUCAGUAUAUGUCUUUGGUGGUAACCCCGACGAGGGCGUCGUCCAUGGUGUCUACGUCGGAACUGACCUCGCGUCAAAGGGCAUCACUGCCGAGGAGUGGACUGGUCGCGUUAGCGAGAUCAUCGGAGGCAAGGCUGGCGGCAAGGAGCCCUCCCGCCAGGGCGCGGGCACCAAGCCCGAGAAGCUGGAGGAGGGCUUGGCCGUCGCCGAGAAGUUCCUCGCGGACAAGCUCGCAGCACUCAAGAUCUAG